UAUUAAACUCAUACUUCACCUUUAGAAAUGAUCUCUUUUCUACAGAAAUAUUCUGAUGUAGGUAUCAGAAUAUUGCCCAGUAAUUACCUGUUUAUUCAGAGACAUAGGGACUGGCCAGACCUUAAGAGCUCACCUAACUUACCUCUGUGCCUCAUGGCAGGAUUUGAUUACCACUGUCAUUCCUGCUUGAUGUUUGUCUACAGAUGACCCAUCACAGAGUUUCUUUCAGUCCUUGGGUGCUCCACUGCCUGAAACUGAAAACUCUGAAACUCUGUCCAACUCUGAAUGCUUUCCCUGAUACCUAACCUGAAUUUCACUUGUUGUCAUCUUCUAGUCACAGGCUGAUGGGCUUGGAGAACGUGUGAAAGCUUAAGGUGUUACAUUUCUGCUCAAGUCUUCCCUUAGCUUGUUUCCUCUCUGAUACUCUUUAGGCUCUCAUAUCCUUUGCUGUGUACUGGCUUCUCUUUAUCUGCUGCAUGGCCUGCUUAAGUGCAGUAUCUGAGCUGGGCACAGCGUGUGUGAGUGGAGGCUUUAUCAGCACUGUGCAGAGUGGAAGGAUUACGUCGUGUCUGUAGAGGACACCGGUGUUUUGCUGGCAUCAUUUCACAAGUGCAUGGCAUUGUUUAUGUCUCUUCAGUUUAUGGCCCUCCAAACCCCCACAUCCUUUUCUGCAGAACAGAUACCUAAUCAGUUGAUUAUUUAGAGCUAGUCAUUCACAGUUGGCAAUGCCUAAUUGCAGUUGAGAGCUUGCCCAUAUUGCACUGCACCCAAUCUCCACCAAUUUGUCAAGAACUUUCUUAAUUCUAGUCUUACCUUCAAAGCACACACCUUUCCCAGCUUGUGUCAUCUGCACAUUUAAUAGGGUAGUUGCAAUCAAGGUUGUUAAAGAAUGUAAGUCAUUAGCCUUGUUCUUCUCCUUCCUGUAACUCCAUUACAUGCAGCCCCACUUUCUGCAGAGUCUUCUCUUGCCCUUGAGUCAUUUUCUGCUGCUUGUCCUGCUUGUGAGCCUGUGUUCCCCAGCCCUAUGGAUCACAGCCCAAAGCUCUCAGCAUGAGGUUAGGAAGCUCACCUUGCUCUGGUCCAGAUAACUUCCCAAAAUGCCACUGAUGUUCACAUGGCUGUAUAGCAAGAGCAUUGAACAGGAUGGUAUAAAACCAUUGCAGGAAGCCUGCACAGUUUCCCAGCAACAUUUGGAUUUGAUUUUCUAGGGGAAGAACAAAUUGGGAUGUCAGCAGUGGUCCGUAGGUAGCUGGCUAUAGGUUAUUUCUUUGCAGUCGGUCAUUAAACAUGCCUGCUCUUGCAAAAUUAUUAGAGAAUUGUCAGACUAUGCUAUCUAAUUAACCCUCGAUAAAGCAAACCCAUUUCUGAGCUAAACUGUGUGCUUGUAUGGAGCCUUCCAUCCUGUGGUUAAAUCUGUAGUUCCCUUUUUCAAUGCGUGCUUGUCUAACUUAUCAUCUGCCAUCAUUUCUGAAGUACCUAUCACAUUUGUACUUGAAAGACAGCAGUUAUAAAAGAAACCCACAGGAAGAUGACCCAGAGGACGUUUGAACAAAUGGAGCUGACUCUUCACAGAACCUUUGAGCCUUGCAGGUAUCAGCCUCUUUAAGAUGGUGACAGAUCCACGUACUGGUACAUGGCUGUUCUCAUAUACCAUUUGAAGAUCAUAGCCAGCACGAUGAAAGUUUUUCUGAUCCUCCUUUGGACAGCAAACUUCAUUCAGCCAAACCUACCUCAGGCUGCAGGAGUUCAGGUUUUCCCACCUGUUAACUUCACCCUUACAGUCUCUGCAUUAGCACAAGUGCUUUUACAGUGGAAACCAAACCCUAAUCAGGAACAAAAAAACUACACUAUUAGAUAUGAUGUGAAAAUCCUAAGCCCAGUGCCUGAAGAGUAUGAUACAAAGAAGACUCACAGUAUCCGAACAGCUCCACUUCACAAUGGUUUCUCGGCACAUGUUCGAACGUUACUUCUCCAUAAUGACCUUCAGAUGAGGAGUGACUGGGUGAAGGAAAAUCUCCUGCCUGCACCAGGUGCUCCAGAGACAUCUGUCACCAAUUUGUCCUGUGUUACUCGCAUUAGUGUUUCUAAUACUGUUUCUCUCCAUUGCACCUGGCUUCCUGGCCAAGAAGCACCAGAAGAUACCAAAUACUUCCUAUUUUACAGGUAUGAGAUGUACACUGAAGAGUGUGAAGAUUAUAUAAAAGACAAGUGGAACAGGAAUACUGAGUGCAGAUUUUCAGUGACUCAUAUUGAUCCUGAAGAAGUUGAUAAUCUCAUUGUAAUACACAUUAACGGUUCUAGCAAGUAUGCUGCAAUCAAGCCUUUUCAGCAGCUAUUUAACCAAAAUGCCAUUGAGAAAGUGAAUGUUCCCAGAAAUGUCACUGUAUUCUUAGAGCAAAAUGAUCUCCUGGCCACAUGGGAGAAGCCAAUUUCUCCUUUCCCUAAAGAAUGCUUUGAAUAUGAAUUUUACCUCUUCAACUUGAAGUCAGGUAACAAGCAGAUACUGAAAAUACCUGUAAAUGCCUUCAGAUUACGGAUUGAUGUUACCAGCAGGUAUUCCAUACAAGUAAGAGCUAAUCAUCACAUAUGUUGUACAAGAGGUUUUUGGAGUGAUUGGAGUGAAAUUAUUUAUGUUGGGCAAAACAAACUGGAGAAUUCCACAGUCUGGAUUCUUGCUGUGCUUUGUGGGUCCACAUGCUUCACAUUCCUACUUGUUGCUAUAAUAUGCAAAACAAACCAUGUAUGGAGUAAACUCUUUCCACCAAUUCCAACACCCAGCAACAAAUUCAGAGACCCCUUCCCAAAUAACUAUCAGAGAGCACAUACCUGCACCAGUGAGACAGAGACUGAAUUCAGUAGCUUUGCUGAAGAUCUCUACUGCAAUGCCCUCAAUGACCCUGUCUUCUGACAGUCUGCAAGGCUGGUGAGGCUGGUGGCCCUGGCACAUCGCUGGAGUGGGCUUCAUGUCACCUUUGCUGCAGCGAUGUUUCCUGCAGGACAGGAAGACUUGCUUCCACAAGGUGCCUUGCGUCAUGAUAAGCUACUCAACAAAAUGUCCCAGUUUGUACAGUCUGCACAACAAAGUAGGCAUUUGUAAUAUCUUGGUUUCCCUGGGGCUUAAGCAUCCCCAGCUUUUGGCUGUGUGAAGCUGGUGGGUGCUGCGAGACCCCGACCAGUAUGAAAUGAGAGCUUCACUUGUGUUCCUCACACUCCUUUCUGAAUGAGGGAAUGUCUCUGGAGCGGUGGGCUCUGCAAGAAUGGCUGUCUGCCUCCCUGGCUUCUCACUCAUCUUCAGUCCAAGGCUCCUUUGCAGGCUCUUGCCUUUGACAUGAGCUGGCAUCAUCUACAAAAGGACAAGAAGAGAUCGUUUGUUCUUCCUAGCACAAGAGGUUAAAGCUUAAGGGGAGAAAAAAAAAAGAAACAGAAAACAAAAAAGGCACCAACUGCAAAACUUCCUGAAUUGCACCUACAAAACAAUACACAGCUUGAGAGUGCAGAGUUUUCAACUGUACAGCAAUAAGAAAAUGCGCCAAGGACUUCUCGGUGCUCUUAAAGAGGCUGAGCUGCAAGGAGCUGGGCUUCUCCUUCAUGCACAGCUUCAGCUGCUUUCAGGUGAUUUUCAAAAUCCAAACCCAGUAUUGGAACUGGUUUUCUUCACUGCUUUUCCAUCUUCAGUGAACAGGGUUUGGACAGUGUCAGUUUCUGCUGGUGGUUUGUUUACUUACCUUGUGUCCUCCACUGAGUGAGUUACCAAAUAAACCUCCUGCCUCAAACCUCUGGAACAGCUCAGGCUUCAACCUUUCUGGCUGUGGACCACAAAGCUCUCCUCUUCUUGAGAAGUCCCUGCUACUUCCAAGCAACCUCCUGCCUCUUGAGCUGGGGCAGCGGUGAGGUUUAACACAUUAACAAAGAAAAAAGAGAAAGAUUUGACCCAGCAAGUAAAUUGUUUGGGAAAGUGCCUAAGGUAAUGGAGUUCCUAGGUACUACAGACUAGAAAUAAUGAAUGAGCCAGCUCUCAUCUGGGUGAAAUAGCAUGGCUCCAUCAAAAUUAAUGUAGCUCAUUAAUAGAACAAUGUUUGUGCCUCAGACGUCUCUCCUGUAUUAUGAUUUUAAUGGAUUUGGGGAGCCCAGCUUUAACAAUCUAAAAUCAGAAUUUCAUUAGUAAAAUCCUAAAAAAUGAGACUAAAGAGAAUUCAUUUACUGUGAUGUAUUUUAUGUCAUGCCUUCAAGUGGCCUAAUAAAUAAGAUUUCUAAAUAUAAUUUCAGUCACAUUAAUGGCAAGAUAUUGUAGAGAUUAAAGCAAUAUAUUUAAGCAUAUUUUGCAUUUGAGCUGUACCUCUGGCCAUGUGAAUACUAGUGAAGGCAGCAGCGGCCUCAGGAGCCAAGGCAUUCCUGGUAGCUGGCAGGGAAAAACAUGCCUUUGGUUUUUGGUGUCAUCUGUGGUAAGGACUUGCAUCACCGCAAAGCAAUGCAAAUACCUGCAACAAGCUGAUUAUGGUGAGAAAACCUCUGCAGAUGUUCAUCCAGUCAACAAUGGCACAUCAGGUCCUUGGGAUGAGUACCCCUGGGGACAGGCAGGGCUUGAAGACUGGCAGGUAUGCGUUAUACUUGCACUGAUAAAUAAAACUGAGCUGUUGGAAAGCAGCAGGAGUAUCUCCAUUCUCCCUGCCAGGCCACUGGUCCAGCCUGCUCAUCCUAACUGGCAGCCCAGCGCUGCCCCUUGCAGGGGUGUAAUGGGGGAACCUCUCACGUUUGGUAAACAGCUACCGUGCAGGACCAGAAAAGCAGUUCCUGGCAGAGCUGCCUCCUCACAGCCAUCAUACCCGGAGCAGACUGCUGUCCUUCCAGGCGGUGGGAGAGGAAAGGGAGCAUGUUCAGCACGUCCAGAGAAUCUGCUAUCACUGCCAAAUGCAGGUCUGCAGUGGGGAUCGUGAAGAGGAGAGGCCCCGCUCAGGGUCGCAUGUCACAUUCUGCCACUCUUGCCCAGCCCACCCUGCCGAUGAAGGUUACUGCGCUGACUCUGGGACAGUUAUGAGUUCUGUGUCCAGAGCAUAAAGAAAUAUUCAUUCUGAGUGUCUUUUCUUUAAAUCCAGUUAUAAACCUCAUGUAUUCCUCCCAAUGCUGCUUUUUCCCGCUGCCUCCACAACAGUGGCUGCAGGAGUGAGUCCCUCACCCACCUCUACCCAUGGCAAUGUUAAAUUUGCCUUUUAAAAACUGAACUACGUCUUGGGGCUAUUUAAUUUUUUGGCAUCAUCGAUUGCAAAGCACAACAUUGCUCCUUUGCAAUGCAGAACAUGAUCCUAUAACUCCUGCGCUGUCAACCCUAAAAUCCAGAACUAGGAAUGCAGA